CUCUGUAAUCCUCCUGUUACCAUACAGGCCGUCAGGGAGUGAGGACGGCAGCAGGAAGAAGGGGUUUUAGAUUAGUUUUGCCUUGGGGAAAAAAAAGGAGUCUUAGAAAUGUUGUCUGCUUGUAUCCUGUUCUUCAUGAGACUGGAGGUGUUUGGGUUUUAUCAGCUUCUUUGCUCCGAGACGGGAAAAAUGUAUCCGACUUUUCUUGGACACAUUUUUGUUGUAAACAAAGAAAACCCGUGGAGAAAAUAGAGAAAUAGCACAACAGGACUGCAGGUGCCCCCACCUCAUGGAGAAGGUAGGCAAGGUGUGGAGCAACCUGAAGAAGGGAUGUCAGUCUCUGCUCCACCCAGAUGGAAGUUCCCGUGAGGAAACACAACCACAGAGACGCACAUUUUGUCCGAGUGUGGACCAGACACAGGGAGGGAGCACACCAGAGCUCGCCGGUCCUUCUAACAGCCUGUCGACUCACCCUGUAGUGUCACAAAGGGUUAAUGGCAGUGUGGCACAUCGGGGUCAUAACUGUGUAGCAGAUGUGCCUCAGAUACUGGAGAUCACAGUUGAGCACGACAGUGAAGAUGGGUGCACUCCUUUGGGUGCCCGCAGAGACUCCUAUUCACGGCACGCACCUUGGAGUGGCAAGAAGAGGCACUCAUGCUCCACCAAAGCACAGAGUUCCAUGGAGACAACAGAACGACGGAGUGGCCGCUCCUGCCGAAGACACCUAGCAAAUGGCAGCAGGGAUGAACCAGAGCCCAGCGUACCACGGUCACUGCGCCAGCAGCUCCAUGAAACAAUGGGCCUAUGCCUCCCUCUGCGUCUGUCAUCACGCCGCUCCCACUCACGGGUGCCCAAGCGCAAGAUCCAGAUCACAGAGCUAAUGCUGGAAACAUGUCCCUUCCCUCCUGGCUCUGAUCUUGCUCGUAAAUGGCACCUCAUCAAACAGCAUACAACCCCUGUUACAGCUAUAGCAGUGGACUGCUCCACAGACUCCCCUAAUGACGCACGUGCAUCUCCAGAGGAUGAAGAGGAACGCCUGCGGGAGCGACGAAGGCUCAGUAUAGAAGAGGGAGUGGAUCCACCACCUGAUGCUCAGAUACACACUGUCGAGGCUAUUACAGCUCCACUGGCUACAGUCUACAAGCUGGGACCUAAACUAGCUCCUGGGAUGGGGGAGACCUUGGGUGAGAGCCGGGGAGCCACAGCAGCUGACUGUGACUCUGAAGAUGACGACACCACCACUCUUUGUUUGCAGGCUCGCCGUCCAAAGCAGCGCCAUAAUUCAGCUGAGGGCCUCCUGUGCAGCAAGCAGCCAGGGCCCUGGAAAGUGCACACACAGAUUGACUUCAUCCACUGCCUAGUGCCAGACCUGAUGCAGAUCACAGCCCUACCCUGCUACUGGGGCGUCAUGGACCGAUACGAGGCCGAGGCACUGCUCGAUGGCCGGCCUGAAGGCACCUUUCUGUUGCGUGACUCUGCCCAGGAGGACUACCUGUUUUCUGUUAGUUUUCGCCGUUAUGGUCGCUCGUUGCAUGCACGUAUUGAACAGUGGAACCACAACUUCAGCUUUGAUGCCCACGACCCCUGUGUGUUCCAUGCAGCCACAGUCACGUCACUGCUGGAGCACUACAAGGACCCCAGCGCCUGCAUGUUCUUCGAGCCUCUGCUCACCUUGCCCCUUCACCGGACUUUUCCGUUUGGCCUGCAGAGUCUGGCUCGGGCCGUCAUCUGCCGUGGGACCACCUACGACGGAAUUGCAGCGCUACCAUUGCCCCCAGUGUUGCAAGACUACCUCAGGGAGUAUCAUUAUAAGCAGAGGGUGCGGGUGCGCUGGCUGGAGCAAGAGCUGCUGAAGGCCAAGUGAAACGGCGCAUUACUCAUAAACUUAGGGGUUUCGGUGUGGGAGGGAUUACACUGUGUACCAAGCAACAGGGGGUGGGGCUCUCUCUGAUGAUGAGUAGUCCUUUCAGCACUUUGGAUGAAAGUUCUUUUUGUAGGAAAAGGCUUUUGAGGUGAAGGGUCAUCAGUGCAGGAGGGGUGCAUAGGGGCCUGAACCUGAAACCCAUUAAUAUAGGCUUCCGGGGGGGGAGUUGUUUGUUUAUUAUUACUCAAAACAAAUACAUAUACAGCUAAUGCAGCCUCCAGUAGACACAUCAAUCUGGACUGAAACAGUGGGGGGCCUUUUACCUUCCCACCCCCACAUCCCUCAGCCUCUUAUUGCAUUGCUUCAGAGAAGAGGAGUUUGCUUCUCAACAAUGCACUCGUACACCUCCAUCCUCUCGCUGCUUAGCCACAUGCUUUUACUCUUCGCUACUUUUAUUCUUUGACGUAAAUUAACAUAAUUGUGCAGCCCUUCACCUCUACUUAAAAAUCCAUUGGAAAUAAUAAAAGACAACUUUUAAAGUCAUGUCCUGGACAGGUUUGGCAAGAUGGCACCAUGUUUGGAGCUGUGCUCAAGUUAUGUUUACUUAUAAUUCUUUGCAUUCAUGGUGCUCUGUUGGUGGUCCCAAGGUUACAUUGUGUGCUCACGCUGUUUGGAAGAGUUCAGCAGACAUUGAAAGGCAGGAAACAGACAUUGGAUCCAUCCUAUUCACAGGCGACAAGAGUGGGAAGUAAAUAUGGACUUGGUUUAGUGCUAUCUGUCCAAGACUGCUGUUAUCGAAGAUUCUGAUAUUGACAGAAGGUCUCCGUGGCAUUCUGCUUCUUUUCACUUCCAGGAAGUGAUGUUGACGAUGAUGCAUAAUGUGGCUACAGUGUCAUUUGUGUUUGUGAUGCAAGCGUGCCUGGUUUUCUAAAGACAUAGUCACUCUGUGUGAAAGUUCCAUUGUUACCAAUAUGUUUUUGUAAUCGUUAAUUCCUACCACUAAUUGCACAGGAAGUGGUGAUAAUUGUAAUUUUUGUUUUUUCCUUUUUAAAUUGUGAAAUGGACUGUCAGUGCCGUGGGAGAAGGGGUGUAUUAAAGGGCACCUAAACUCAAUUGUGCUUCUGUUAGUGGGAGCAGAAGAGGCAAUAUAUAAUCCUGUAACACUGGGACCAUUGUUGAGCAUAAACACAUUUAUAUAUUGAUAGACAUAAAUUACACUCAGACUAUAAGCUCACCUUAUCUGAUCCAUAUUGCACUAGAUUUCUACAUCUUGGUCUUUUUUUGUCAGUCACAUUGCAUAGAAUUACUUUAUAGUGUCAGAUUAAUACUAUGAUAGUUCAGUCUCAGAGGUCCAGUUCAGCGCCCAAGUGCAAGUCAGUCAGGCCUAUAUCGAUGCUUUUAAUUUAAUUAACGUACACACCCAUAUCCAUAUUAUAGUUUAUCUUUUUUCUUUUCCCCCAGAGUCUGAAAAUUUUGAUUGCUCAGACAGCCUGCCGAAAUAAAUCCAUAGCUGUCAAUUAUUAUUAAACUUUACAUGACUAAUACACAUUCAGUAUGAACGUUUCCUGCUAAUGUUUGAAAUGCAGUUCCAGCAUAUCAAUAUUUGUGCUUGCAGCAUGUCGCAUCACUAAAGAGAAUGAUGAGGAGUGGAUCGACUAUCUUGUAAAUCCCUUGAGUGUAGAUUUGCUUGUUCAUUUUGUUCCUAUGUGCUGUGAAGGAUCAGGUAGAGCUAGCAGUCUGCUAUUGCCUGGCUAAGUUCAGACUCAUGGCGCUCCUGUCUCUACCUUCUGAUGCACAACACUGCCCCCCCUGUCCACCGUGAUCAAGACGUCUUCCCAUAUUGUCCCAUACAACGGGAGGUUUCCAUUUGCAGAGGACUAUCUGUCAAAUCCCAUGUGUCAGAAUUCUUUGGUUUGACAACUGGCAGGGUUGCGAGAUUCCCUGACUUGUACUGCCUCAGCUGGAAUGGUGGCAGUGGGGCAGACCACAGGCUCACCUGAACAAUGGGGUCUUUUGAGAAGGCUGGCUGUCCGUCUCUCUGCAUGCCUGUAAAGGUGUGUCAAGUUUGGCCUGGCUCCAAGGGUGCUCUCGAUAACUUGCUGUGUGUACAUUUAUCAGGGCAGUAAUUGACGACGGAGUUAGGUGUGGGGUUGUGGAGUGUGAUUGGGUGUUGGCACCAUGGUGUACCUCCUUUCUCAGCCUCCCUAGUUUUAUUAGAGAGAUGUACAGGAUAAAAGUAUAUUGAUACAGAUUUUAAAUAUUUUUAAUAUUAGCAAUUGUAACGAAAUGACUAGCGGUGAGAAUUCUCCAUUUGAAAUGGGGAUUGUUCAGUUCACAUGUGGGGGGGGAGAAAAUGAAUAAACUGGUACAAUGUCAUAAAUGUGUAUGAUUAUAUCAAGUAUCUAUUGAAGUGACCAAAGGUUUUGGUUUUGACUGUAGCAGAUCCAAAUCAGUCUGUUGACUCAAGAAGGGAUAGACUUGCUGCAUCUUCCUCUCUGAGUAAGUACAGGUUAAACAUUUCAAAGAUGCAGAGGACCUUAUUUUGAGACCCAAAAGGUACUCAUGGUCUUUCUGUAGUACAGUGGUGCUUGAAAGUUUGUGAACCCUUUAGAAUUUUCUAUAUUU